UGAAGUUUCAGUUUAUCUUCGUUCACCGUAUCGAAUAGUCGCAAAGAUGAAAAUUCAAUCAAUUCUUGUCCUUGGUGUUAUUCUGACAGCACAAGCUGCUCGCUUAACAUCCCCACUGUUCAAAAUUCACAAUGGCAUUCUUGUUCCAACUGGUAAAGGAUCCGCAAGUGGAUCUUCAUCGCAUGGACGAAUCGUAGGUGGCGGUGAUGCCGAGAUGGGAAGUGCACCGUGGAUGGUAUCAUUACAGUGGGGAAUUGUUAGGCCAUCUCAUUUUUGCGGCGGAACGAUCAUCAAUCCUAAUUGGGUGUUAACCGCUGGUCAUUGUGUCCAAGCAUUUCCAAGUUACGGAAUAGCAGUUGUGAUCGCCGGCUUACAUAAUUUGAGCGAAUUUGGGGGAACCGAACAAGUGCGACAUGUGACACGAAGCAAUAUGUGGUCACAUGAAGAGUUCAAUGACGCUGAGAAUUACUACAGUCCUCACGAUAUCGGUCUCCUGGUAUUCCAAACACCGUUCGCAUUCGACUACUUUGUCAAUGCGAUUGCACUGCCUUCACCCAACGAAAUGCAUACCGGCAUGGCCACCCUGCAUGGAUGGGGCAGUAAUUCGAGUUCGUUCUAUCCGACUUUCCCAGACAUACUUCAAACGGUUGACAUGCCCAUCAUUCCGAUCGAAACAUGCAGGAGUGCUUGGAAUCUUGAGCCGGAGCUGCUGCACGACAAUCACAUUUGUGGCGGUUUGCUAGGAGGUGCAGUCAGUGCUUGUGAUUUGGAUAGAGGUGGUGCACUAACACAGAAUGAGGAAAUUGUUGGAAUUGUUAGUUUUGGCCAUUUUCCCUGUGCUCAGCCGGAUAUUCCGUCAGUUUAUGUACGUGUUAGCGCCUACAUAUCGUGGAUUGAAGACACCAUCGAUAAUGUUCAGCUUUGAAAACACGCUAGAUUGUGACGGACAUGUGGUUAAAUAAAUAUGACUCACAAUGAAGAUAUGCCACAAACGGAGUUUCAGUUUCUAUUU